CCCCAACAACAAAUUAAUCAAUCAAACUGCAUUGAACAACUCUGUGUAGAGGACGAAAUAACAAAUGGCAUUGAUUCAGAUUCAAUGCACGUAAUUCCAUCCAUACAUAAUGUUUCGAUUGAGACAAGGUCAAAUUGUAUUCCCAUGUACAAUGCCGAUGUUGAAGUCAUUGACGUCGAGGCGAUUGCAUCUUCGAGGAGGUUUGCAGAAAGUGUCGAUGCCAGGGAACAGGUGAUUGAGGAACCUAAACUUUCUAUGGACAUUGUCGAGUCAAGAAACAUGUACGAUGGUCAGAAGGUGCAAGAUCUUGUCCAUAGAGUCGAUGAAGCCACUGAUAGCAAUGCUUCAUUAAGCUCAACUGGAGAAAAGCUCUCCUCGAGACAAGAUUACGAGAUGCAAAGAGAAUCAUUGAAUGAAGAUAUUGAGCGUAAUGAAUCUGGAUUUCGGAGUAAAAAAGGGAGGAGGACUAAGUUGGUGUGUGUUGGAUCACUUUUAGAUGAUGAAAGCAACAGAGAAGAUUUGUCAAUAUCAUCACGCUCAGCAAGAUCUUCGAUCAAGUCAGAAUUCAUUUCCGCAGAUGGCAUGCAAAAUUCUCCUUCGCGACCAACAUCAACAACAGUCUCAUAUGAACAAGAGAGAAAUGAUGACACUCAAUCAACCACGUCUGACGACGAAAACAGGAUGAAUACCCUUAGCAUUAAUGUUGGACCGCAUCGAAAGAAUGAAAUCGACAGAUGCAGUAGUUUUGGAAAACCUGAGUUACCAAGAGUCGGUAGAGAUGAAGGGGAUGAGACGAGUUCAAGGGAAAAGGAAGACGCAGAGCGGAAAAAGCUAGAGAAAAGGCGAAAACGAUGGAAACGUAGGAUACUAGCAGAGCAUCGCAGAAGACAAUCAAUGGGUGGGUGCAGUGUAUCAUUGCCGGGGAACGAAGAACAACCACUAGGAGCUUCUCUCAAUGAAAUUGAAAUGAUGAAUACUUUCUUGGCCGUAGCAGGACCUAACUUUGAUGGGUCUCUGUCAGCAAAAGAAAUGGAGGAAUUACACGACCGAUCACGGAAUGCUGGGCUCCCAGUUGAGUUCACCAAUCGAAUGUUAGAUCAAGCUGCCGGAAUCUUUAUGUGCGAUGGAAACAACGAUUCGAAAUUACCUAUAAAGCAAGGUUCUCGCAUUGCAGAAUCGCUUCCGAUGAGAGACAACGAGGUCCCUUCGAUUCCACCUCCACUUAGCACCAACAAUAACACCUACGACGAAGCAGGUUUUACGAGGAAAACUCCAAAAGAACAUUCCGCCUUGGACUGUUUCAAAAGCACCUUCUUGGCGGAAUCGUCAAACAUUGUAGGAGGUGAUAUGAUUGAAAACAUACAAGCAGCUGUUAGUGGUGAUAGCAGCGACACCAAAAGCGGGUGGCGUUCUCUCGAUAUGAUUGAGAACAUCAAAGCUUCUCUCAGUGGCGAUAGUUCCGACCAAAAGGGUGGUUGGCGCUCUAUUGACAUAAUUGGAAGCGUCAAAGCUACCCUCAGUGGUGACAGUAGCGACAACAAGACAGGCUGGCGAUCUUCCAACGUAUUCGAAAGCAUUAAAACAGCCUUGAGUGGGGAUAGUGAGAGCAAGAGGAAAUCAGUUUCUUCGGAAAACGGAAUUUUGAAGCCCCACGCUGCGCCCCGGGACAAAAGUCCCGAGAUUGAGAACAGUAACACAUACUCAAGUUGGCCGUCAGCACCCAUCGUUGACAUCGUGCACGACGGUGAUGAAUUAAAUGAGUCCGGGCUUCACGAAUGUUAAAUAACCAUUCGAGAGAAUGAGAAUCACCAUGCGUCGCAUUGCUGGAAAAAGGCACACAAUCAUCCUUAAAUUUAUUAUAACAUUAUG